AUUAUUUUUUUUUUAUUAUUAUUAUUAUUAUUAUUAAAUAUCUCCCUCUCUCUCCCUCUCACAGUCUGUCUAUUUCUUAUUCAUCUUCAUCGUCAUCUUCUUUCCUUCUUCUGUUUUUUAUUUUCUUGAUAUUAUUAAUUACGUCAAGACUUUUUUCAGUAAGAAUAUAGGGUUUUAUUUAUUCAUUUAAUUAAAUAUUCUUUGUUGUAUGCAAUAAAGAAUUAUUUGUGAUUUAGACUUUUUAGAGUGAUGGAGUUUUGUGUUCGAGUUUGGUAGUGAGGGUGAGGGAGUAAUAGAAGGAAGAAGUAAUAAACCACCUCUUCCCUGGUCGCGUUGUCGGCGCGAGGUCACUUUCUGUCGGCAAUGUCUGUACUGUAUCCAACGAUGAUUCUCAACUUUAUUAUUUAUUAAUAUUAUUUUUAAAGGGAAAAGGUACGGCAAGCUGCUGAUUGGUCUCAGAUUUUUCCUUGCUUAAUCAGUCGCAGUUUGUUUGUUGUAGACCACACCUUGAAGCUGUGUUCAUCUUCACAACGGGGGUUGGUUUGUUUGUUUGUUUGUUUGUUUUUUUGAGAAUUUGUUGCUGGGAAUGUGGGGUGAUUUUUUAAUUUGGUGAUUGUGCUAUUGGAACCCUGACUCGAUUUGUCACUGGCAAAUGAAGCUGAGGUUUCUGGGGAUUGGCUGCAUAAUUUAUCUGUGAAUACAGGUUCCAUGUAUAUUGUCUCAUAUUCGACUAAAACGUUACAGCAUAGCUGAAGCGGUUCCCAUACCAGAUGUCAAGGACUCUUGCAGCCAUAUUGGGAGGUGCUGCAGGAGUCAUGGCAUUGGUGGGGGCAGUUAUUUUUCUUCUAUGGUGCCUUUAUCACAAAAAGAGUGUGUCAAGAACUUCAGAGACAGGAUCUUCUGAAACAUCUGUUCAAGGAAGGCAUGCGGGGAUUGAGUUGUCAUUACAAGAAGCAAGGCGUUUUGAGAUGGAAGAAUUGUCUCUGGCCACGAAAGGUUUUAGCGAGAAAAAUUUGAUGGGGUUUGGAAAGUUUGGGGAGGUAUAUAAGGGUUUGCUUAAUGAUGGGAUGGUUGUAGCCAUCAAAAAGAGACCUGGAGCUCCUAGUCCAGAAUUCGUUGAUGAGGUGCGCUACCUUUCACCUAUUCAGCAUCGGAAUCUUGUGACUCUUUUGGGCUACUGCCAGGAAAAUGACCUACAGUUUCUUGUAUAUGAGUAUAUCCCUAGUGGGAGCGUUUCCAAUCACUUGUAUGGACCUGGUCAAACUUUGGAUGGGAAGCUUGAAUUCAAGCAUAGGCUUUCAAUCGCUCUAGGGGCUGCUAAAGGUUUGGCUCAUCUUCACUCCCUAUCUCCCCGUUUGGUGCACAAAAAUUUCAAAACAGCCAACGUUCUCGUGGAUGAAAAUUUCAUUGCUAAAGUUGCAGAUGCAGGACUUCGUAAUUUCCUGGGAAAAGUUGAUAUUGCAGGCCCAUCUACACAAGUGACAUCAGAUGAGAUAUUUCUUGCCCCAGAGGUGAGAGAGUUCAGGCGAUUUUCUGAAAAAAGUGACGUGUUCAGUUUUGGUGUAUUCCUUCUAGAGUUGCUAAGCGGCAAGGAGGCAGCAGAACCAUCUCCAGGGACAAGCCAAAAUCUGGUUGAAUGGGUCCAAAAUACUCAGGACUACGCCAACUUUGCCAGCAUUGUCGACCAAAGAUUGGGGAGUAGCUUCACUGCUGAAGGCAUGGAAGAGUUUAUACAGUUGAUGCUCCGAUGUGUGGAACCUUCAAGUGAGAGACGACCAGCCAUGAAUUAUGUGGUAAUGGAACUUGAUCGUAUAAUUGAGAAAGAGAUGAACUUGACGACAGUCAUGGGGGAAGGAACCCCAACGGUGACUCUUGGAAGCCACUUAUUCAGAUCAGCCAAAUAAAACAAAUUUGUUUUCCUUAAAAAAUUGUUGAGAGUGAUUUUUGUGAUACUUCAAUUGUUUACUUCAAGUGUUUAUUCCCCUUUUUUGAGAGCUCAGUGGAGAUGGUCAGCUGUUUGUAAGUGUAUAAAAGAACAGCUGUGUUAUUAUUGUUGUUAUUUUUUAAAUUUAUUUUAUAUCAUAAAUGUAUUGAUAAUCUUGCUGUAAACCAUUACCUUUCGUAUAUAAGGGGUUCUGUUCUGUUA